UGAAAUAAACUCGGUUCGAUUGAGAGGGUAUGUUGGUAUGCCCAUCACGGACCAGAACCAGAAGAGCCUUCUUCUUCUUCUUCUUCUUCUUCUUCUUCUUCCCUCUUCCUCUCUCGAACUCCGACGCCAUUGAAGCGUUUCAGAGAGAUCUCGAGGGCGUUUUCCGGUUUCAAAGACCCCAAUUCACUCGAUCUAUUGGCGGAGAGGUAUUCCAAUUUGCGACCAAAUCCAUAUUUAUCAUCCAUGAAUUUGUCUCUUUCGUCUCCUUCCCAUACGCCUCUGCUAUUUCUGGUCUUUGCAAAUUAGAAUUCUGCGACCCAGAGAAGAGAAGAGAGAAGAGAAGAGAAGGGAAGAGGGGGGAACAGAAGAACCACAGAAAUGCCAAGCGUGGCUGUCAAGCUCUACAGCGUCUUCUUCAAGUUUCUCUUGAAGCACCGUUUGCAGAAUCUGAUCCAAGCUCCACUUGACGAAUCCAGCCCUUUUGGAGUCACGUCUCGAUCCGAUGAAACCAUUGCUUCCGCUAAUCCUUUGUUUAACGACGGUGUUGCUACCAAGGAUAUACACAUCGAUCCGUUUACGUCUCUGAGCAUUCGGAUCUUCCUCCCCGAAUCUGCUCUUACUCCGCCCGAACCCGAUUCCAAAUCCUCCCUCAGAUCCUCCAAGCCUAAACCUAGACGCCCCAAUCAAGAUGCCCACCCUGAUGUUGUUAAGUUGAAUUGGCUGGGGAAGCAGGCGAAUUUGGCCGAGUGCAGCAAGUCUAUGGGUAAUACCAAAGGCAAUGGCAACGAGUUUAAGAAGUCGGAUGGUCAUCGGCAUAUUGUUGACACAUUUGGGGCGUCAAUGGUAGAGCCUUGGUUGGCAGCCCAUGGAGACCCAACAAGAUGUGUUCUUCUUGGGGUUAGCUGUGGAGCAAAUGUUGCAGACUAUGUGGCUCGAAAGGCUGUGGAGGCCGGUAAACUCCUCGACCCUGUCAAGGUAGUCGCACAGGUUCUCCUGUACCCGUUCUUUGUCGGGAGUGUCCCCACGCAUUCUGAAUUGAAGUUGGCAAAUUCAUAUUUUUACGACAAAGCUAUGUGCCUUCUUGCUUGGAAACUAUUCCUACCGGAGGAAGAGUUUAGUCUUGAUCAUCCAGCUGCGAACCCCCUUGUUUUGGGCAGAGAAGGCCCUCCUUUAAAGCUCAUGCCACCAACACUGACAGUGGUGGCUGAACUUGACUGGAUGCGAGACCGAGCCAUAGCUUACUCUGAAGAACUUCGAAAGGUAAAUGUCGAUGCACCUGUUCUCGACUACAAAGAUGCAGUACACGAGUUCGCAACCCUCGACAUUCUUCUCAAGACGCCUCAAGCCCAAGCCUGUGCAGAGGACAUUGCCAUCUGGGUCAAAAAAUAUAUUUCACUACGAGGCCAUGAGUUCUCUUAUUGAUUAUCAUCAUGUGUAUUCCAAAGAAGCCAGGGCAUACCCGAGUUGAGGUAGUGUCACGGUGGAAAGAUCAUGUUUCGUGUACGUAGAAUGAGGGAGUAUAACAUUUUUUCCUAGGCUGUUGUUAUAAAUCAAGUUUUGUUGCUCCUUCCAUUUUGAGCUUUUGUAAGAUAGAGAACUUACCUGAGAUUAGGAGCCCCCAAAGGAUAUCAUUGGUCUUGUAAUGUAAAAUGCUUCGAAUUCUCUAUCGAAAGCGAAUGCUGAGAUUGGACAUUUUUCUUUCCAUUUUUA